CGUUGAAGUCCAGUCCAAUCCAGUCCAAUCCAAUCCAAUGACCUCACCCUUCCGCAGCGCAACCCGCGCCUUGCUCUCCGUCGAGCGUCUCGCCGGCCGUCAAGCAGCGCGCCCCCGAAAAGUCCAACCCCACGAGCAAAUACGGUGUCUGAACAGCACCGCAACCCUACAAUCAGGCCACUCAAAAUGGGCGUCCAUCAAGCACGACAAAGCCAAAAACGACGCGGGCAAGAGCAAGCAGCGCUCCAUACUCCUCCGCGACAUCUCGCAAGCCGUCAAGCGGGCAGGCGCAAAUCCAGACAUGAACCCACAUCUCGCCCUCGCCCUCGUCACGGCCAAGAAGAACGCUGUCCCUAAGGCGUCUAUCGAAGCCGCUAUAGCGCGGGGUCAGGGCCUGUCUGCCACGGGCGCCGCGCUGGAGACACUCGUCCUUGAAGCUAUUCUGCCGCCCUCGGUCGCUGCCAUUAUAGAGUGCCAGACGGACAAUAAGCUGCGCGCGCUCGCCGACUUGCGCCUGCUUGUCAAGGAAGCGGGCGGCACCGUGUCGUCGGUGGGGUACAUGUUCGAGAAGAAAGGGCGGAUAAUACUGGGGAAGAAGGAGGGCAUGGGCGUGGACGAGGUGCUGGAACCCGCGCUGGAAGAAGGUGUGCUGGAUGUGGUGGAGGACGAGCAAGGUCGCGUCGUGCUGUACACCGAGCCCGCGCAGAUGAAGACAACAGCAGAGACGCUGGCAAAGGCGCUGGACAUGGAGGUCGAGGAGAGCGAAAUCAUAUACGAUCCGAACGAGGACACCAAAGUCUCGCUGGACGAUGAUGCGGCGGCCAAGGACCUGAGCAGCUUCUUGGACGAGCUGCAGGAGGUGCCGGGCGUGCAGGGUGUGUACAUGAAUUGGUCCAAGGGCGGAAUAGCAGACGAGCUGUGGGAAGAUCUGAGCGGGAAAGUAGCAGUUUAACUGCGUCCCCAGAAUAUAUAAUACACCUCCACAAUCCACAAUCCAAAAUAGUGUACACUAUCAAUCUCCCAACACCUC